AUGUGCAGGAGCAGCAGCAGCCGCCGUGGACUGAACGGCUUUCAGAUUUUAUCCUACCUUUUGACAGUUUUGACAUUUCCUACGACUUGGUUUGCCCUUUCUUCUUACAUCUAUCCUGUUCUUUGUUGCGGUAAGUUGUCAAUUUCGAUAAAAAACUUUUAAAAGCAACAAAUUCAAGCCGAGGCUGCUGCCUACAUUUUCAUUUAUGCGCUCGUCGCCCGCCUGACCAUCUUCACGGCUUGCCCUGAUGAUCUGAAGAAAAAGUUGCAACUAGGUGAUUGUUUGUAUAGCCCAUUCUGACCAGCUUGUUACGUUUCUGUUUCCUGCAAGAAAGAUCGAAUCGGAGAAAUUUUGACCAACUUCGCUGGUCUGUUCAUCUUUGGAAUGUCGAGUACAUUGACAUAUUAGGGUGGCAGGAAAGAAAUGCGUGUUUUUGAUGUCAUUUAAAUUUAUCAUAAAAACAAGGUUAUCACAAAUCAAUUCGAACUGUAGUUCCCAUGUGUAUUAGCACCUUGUCAACAAUGCUCACGCAGAGAAUGGAUACUCUCUCUGACAAACUGGGCCGCCUACGAGUCAAAGAAGUUUCACCCCCAAAUUUGGACUUUAUCGGGGUUUUCCAAUUUUUUUUGGCUAAUAAGCGAUCCAAUGAUUCACACAGAUGAUAAAUGCGAAGAGCCAUGUCUGAGCAUUGUAGCGGAAAAGCAGAAAUUUGCAGAACAAUUUUUCUGAUUCGCGAAAAAGCGAAAAAGCGAUAUUGUGAACCCAUUUUUCAUUUCUCCUUUUUGCACUCCAUUGCGUAAUAAAACUGUUUUCUCUUGCAGCUAUGGGUGUGUAUUAACUGAUGAGCCAGUUUCACAGACGUCUGUUGUGGAUCCAGUCUAAUGGCCUUUUAAAAUCGCCUUUAUCGUCGAUUUUUCCGUGUUUUUUGAUUCAAAGGUCUUUUCGCCUAGUGAAUAGCGCUAAAGCAAUUCAAAAUGUUAACUAUCAGAAAAAAGCAUCAAUGCUGAUCAUAAUAUUGAAAGGUGCCAAGCUUCUGAAUUUGAUUUGUACUUUUUGAAAUAACGCGAAAACUAGGUCCGCGAAUAUAGUUUUUGAAAGAAAGUUUUCAGAGCUAUUUUUCUUAUAGAACGGCGGAAUGAAAGUCAGCAAACUAUAUAUCCAAUGACGCACAAGGACAAGCCCUUUUCGACAAAAAAUACCGUUCUAAAUAAUAUUGCUUCUUGGAUGAAUUAGAAGCCGACAAAAACGAGCCGCAUUUCUUUCAUGCCACCCUAAUAGUUCGAUAACUUUCUGUGGAUAACCUGCUCUCUGAUUGGUUUACCGCGCCAUCAAGGGCGGAGCUUGAGAAACGACUUGAAAUUCAAAAUCAGAACAGAACCUUUUUUGUGAACCAAAAAUGCAAAAAACCUAUGUAUUUACACUACCUUUUAUUCUGUUGUGCUUUUAAAACGUGUCCUUCUUGCGCGGAACACUAUACAAAUUGAAGACUGCGCGUUUUGGACACACUUGGUUUCCAGGUUUCAAACGUCGCAGUUUCGACGAAACAACAAGAGAAGCUGGGCGCCAGCAUGUCAUUGAGAAUGGUCAUUGUUACAUUUGCCGAAUCGACGUGUGAGUUGGAAAAGCUUGCUUUUAUUUAUUCAAUCUGGAAACUUCUUUUCCUCGCAGGACCCACGACACGAAGCACUGCCGUCGUUGCAACUUCUGCGUCGAACAGUUUGACCAUCACUGCGUAUGGCUCAACAAUUGUAUUGGUGGCAAGAACUAUCGACUCUUCAUUGCUCUGGUCUCGUUCAUGUGCGCCUGCUCAUUUGUUGCUGUCGGCUUGCUGACUCUUCUCUUGGGCCUUGACCUUCGCACGACGAUUGAUUCCAGUAGGUGGCCUUUUUCUAUUUUCUUCUCGCCUUCAUGUUGCGCACACAGCUCGAGAUUGGCAACAGUGGUCUCGGGUUGGUGCUUGUUUGGUUUGCCUCGCCGUGUAUCUCGUCAUCGGCUUGUCAACUGCCCACCUUCUGAUUUUUCACGCUCGUUUGUGUGAGUUGUAGAUUUUACAGUCCUAAGAAAAGCUUAGGAGGGCCCCGAUAGGGGGACAAAUAUGUUCCCUUGUAGUAGCCCACCCUGGGGGCCCCUAACUCAACCUCUAUCGGGGCCCUGAAAAUCUGGUUUAAGGCCUCCUAUAAGGGUUAGAUCAAAUUUUCACUGAAAUGAAUAAACCCCCUAUAGGGGCCGUGAAUCGUUUAGGGGGUUCAAGGAAAGCUUCGUAGUCCCUAUCGGGGCCCUCUAAAAUUUUCUUAGUCAAUCCUUCCCGACUUGAAAGGCGAGAUAUAGUCCAAUUAUCCCGACAUGAAAGGCGAAGGAGGCGGAGAAGGACGCGGGAAGCGUAGCGUGCGCGUACGCGGUUCACAGACGAAUCGGGAGGGUUCUGUCUCGUUAAACCGUAAGACAUUAGGAAACGUCUAUACUUUUGAUAUGUUAAUAAGCCUUCAAAAACGGGUAUAUGAUAAUCGGGCCGCGAAAAUCGAGCCGCCUUUUGUACGGGGCGAGACGAACAGAGAAAAAGAAAUAGUGUAGAAAUGGAGGCUCGAUUUCCGCAGGCUCGAUUUUCGCUGCCCGAUUAUCAUAUACCCUCAAAAACUCCCUAUGGAAAAAAAACGAAAAAAAAAACUGACGCCGUGAGAAAAGUAACGGCUUUAAAAACCUCGAAAAAAAGGCAAAUUGUUUUGAAAUUUCGGAAGAACUCGUUUUUCAUAGGUUUUUUUAUAAAAAGUUUUUUUUACGAAAAAGUAGGCUUUUCAAAGAAAAACACAGCUAGAACGUUCAAAAAUACGAUUUAAGUUUCCAAAAUAAAUUUUCGCAAACGCCAGCAAGUCUUAAAAAUGGCCUUAUUUGAGGAAUCCGUCUUUAGUGAGUAAAUAAGCGUAUUUUCUGUAAUUCUAUGAAUAUCGAAAACAGCCAUGUCAAUUUCAUAAGAUAGAAAAACAAAAUAGUCAAAAUUUUUUUGUGUGGCCAGCGGAGACGACGCAGUGGAAACCGGAUGGGUCACUGUAGGUCUGAUCUGGUGAGUGACAAAUAAAAGUAUAAAAAUAAAGACAAACUUUUUUGUUCUUCAUCUUUUUUUCCAGCUUACAAGCUCUACUGAAAUCGUGCAAAGAGUAGUGCCUCUGCCAGCAUUAUGCAAGAAAGUCUCAUGUUUCCUUCAAUUCAGUGCUUUGCAUUUUGCAAAGAAGUACCUCGCAUUUUGCACUUUUUUUUUCGUCUGAAAAAAAGUAACCCUAAAAAGAAAUGUAAAAUGCGAGGUACUUUUAGGGACCGCAGAGCCACCCCAACAUCCCCUCGGAAAGCGCGCCACCGAUAGGCUUACGCUGAUUGAUUUUGAAGACGUUACCCAGUAGACACUUGCAUCUUCUUCCCGAUCGUCCAGUGAUUGCGUUAAACGUCGAGUUACACGCCAAAAAGCUGCGUCGCUUCACGCUUGCCAAUCGCCUUUGAAGAAAAAUCGACUAUAAUUCAAAUUUGACCCCUUUUACUACAGGGAAAUUGGGCUUGACCACCUACAAGUACAUGCGCCGACAACCAAGAGGAAAGGUAUUUUUUUUUAUGAAACUUCAUUUCUUGUUCAAUAGUUUUCACAUUUAGGUUUCUUCGGAAUCAGUGUCGACGACGACAACGCGUUUUUAA